AUGAAUAAAGAGGAGUUAGUAGAUAUUGUAGAAAGAAAAGUUAUUGAUGCUAACUACAAUUAUAACAAUGUUAAUAGUACUAGCGAUUUUGAAAUUUUAACAACAAUAAGAUAUGACCCAUAUUUAUCCAAAUCUUAUGAUUGUAUUAGUGACAAUAAUAGCAACAUCGAAACCUUACUGGAAUCAAUUGGCUUAUUUUUGGAUCCAAAAUUAAUAUUGUCAAGCAGUAACAGUAUUGCUCAUGAAACUGAAACAAUAAUAAAUCCAGAUGAUAAUAAUAAGACGAGUAAUAAUAAAGAUUUAAUGUCAAUCUAUUACCAGAGGUUUUUCCUACUAGGUGAACAUUUGAAAAGAAUAAAUUUCACACUACAAUAUUUUAAUUGGGAUUAUGAAUUGAACAUUCACUCAUUAUUGGUUUUACUAGUUCAAGCAUUACCUUCGAAAGAAAAUACCGAAGAUGUUCAAAAGAAAAUGAACAUUCUAUUAGAUGAUGACAUUUGCUAUAAGAUGAGAGUUUUGAUCAAUCGUGCUGGACAGAUUAAAAUUGAAGCGCACGUAUUGCCCUUGACACUUCUAGAUAAUAAAAAUGACAGAGAAGAGUGUGAUUGUUAUAUACUUGAUACACUAUUUAGUGGAUUUGUUUUGCCAACCAGCAAGAAGUUUAAAAAUAGUAUCGUACCACCGAUAUACACAGUUUAUAUUGACACAGAACCAUUGAUUCCUUCUCCCUUUACAAGUUUUAAAACUACCAAAAGACAACAUUAUAACAGAGCAAGAGAGAGAAUGUUAGAAUUACACAAGGGCAAAGAGGGACCAUGCGAAAUAUUGGUUUAUAAUACCAAUUAUGAAGUGAUGGAAACUUCCUUUUGCAAUGUAUAUUUUAAAAAAUAUGUCGCUAACAACAAAGAUGACACUGCUAAGGAUUGUUCCUCAUAUUAUUACUAUACACCUUCUUUAUCUUCUGGUUGUCUAUGUGGAACAAUGAGAUAUUAUUUACUUAGGAAAAAAUUGGUUAGUGAAGUUAAAUCUAUAGAUGUUAGAAAACUAAAAGAUGGUGAUGAGGUUUUAUUAUCUAAUGCGAUUCGAGGAUGCUUUAAAGGUCUGAUAGUUAAAAGUUAG